AUGAUUUCAACAAUCGGCACAACAACAAUUCAAACAACAACAGCACCAAACUCGUUAGUCAUGAAUCCAACAUCUAUGUUAGUAGAAAUGAAAAGCUUCAUUCCUUCUUCAUAUACUUUUGAAACAGAAAUCCAGAAGAUAAAGCAAGAACUUUUAACAAGUAAUUUAGACUGUAGUGCGAAAGAUGAAACAAAUGAAGAAUAUCUUUAUGAAAUGCAGGACAUUAUUGAACAUUUACCCAAAUUGCCUGAAAUCCAACAGCAAAAACUAACUAUUCCUGAAUUCGACGAAAUAGAAGUGAAACCAACUGAUUCAGUAGAAAUAAAGAAGUUCAUACGUAAAGUAAAUUAUGAAUUCCUUGGUUUUCAUUGCAACCAUAAAGUUAUGGACAAAGAUUGCGACAUGGUUUAUAAAAACAUUUCUGACAUAUAUAAAUCUGAGGAGUUUAAGACUUACGAUAACUUUGUUUCAUUAGUUGCAAAAUGUGUUUGGGAAAUAAGAGAUAAAGAUAGAAGAGGCAAAGUAUGGAACGAACAAAUAAGACCCACUAUGUUUGAGAUGAAGAGAGCAAUUGACGCCUUAGUUGUUUUAGCUGGUUUUAUUUCAAUGUAUAACGCAAAAAUGAACCCGCAAU